GCAGGUCUCCUCCCCUUCCUGCACUUGAGCUCUUCACAGUGUGUGCUCUGGAAUGACAGGCAUUCCUGUGUGCGGAGAGCCAGAGUGAAGACACAUUUGUACGAACCCCAAGUGUCCAGGCCGGGAUACGGGGAGCAGAAACUCCAGCAGAUUAACUGACCUCAUGCCGUUUCCUGAUGUCUGGCAGUGACACUGAGAGAGGAGUGCCUGUCCCCUCUCGAUGUGGAUUUAUCUUUUAAGAAAAGUUUUCUUUGGUCCGGGGCAGUUUGUUGUCGUGAGACACAUCAGACAAUUUAAUCAUGGGGCAAGCUGACGUCUCCAGACCGGUAAAUCCAGAUGCAGUUGACUUCUCCAGAGAACCCUGGGACAGUAGAGGAAGCAAGCCAGCCCACCGCAGACCCAGGCAUGGUCAUGGACAGUGUGGAAGCGGGAGACACAACGCCUCCCACCAAAAGGAAGAGCAAGUUCUCAGGCUUUGGCAAGAUCUUCAAGCCCUGGAAAUGGCGGAAAAAAAAAAGUAGUGAUAAAUUCAAAGAGACAUCAGAAGUUUUAGAGCGAAAAAUAUCUAUGCGAAAACCGAGAGAAGAGCUGGUUAAAAGAGGGGUUCUCUUGGAAGACUCUGAGCAGGGUGGUGAGGAUCCGGGGAAAUUGAGCCAUGCCAUGUUAAAAAAUGGCCAUACUACUCCCAUAGGAAGUACCAGAUCUUCUAGUCCAGACCAAGAGGAAGAGUCAGGAAGAAUAGCAAGUCUUAGGAAGCCUGUUCCAGAAGAGGACCAAAAGAAGCGGCUAGGCUCAACGGGAAGCCACCCUAAUUCCGAAGCAGAAUCCGUUCCUGAGAACACACACAGACAGCCUUUACUUCCCCCGAAAAGACCCCUGUCCUCUUCUCAUGAAGCAAAUGAAGGGCAAGCAAAGGACGCCACUUCUGGCAGCGGGGCCAGGCCUGUCACCUCCACCCCCGCCGCAGCCCCCACCGCAGCGCCCGCUGCCUUGAACCCAGCAAAAACUGCUAGUUCCUCCGUCACCCCAGCCCCAGCACCCAGGACUCUGCCUGCUGCUCUCUCAGGCACUAAUGCCACCACUGCCCCAAGCCUCACUCACACGGUCCCUGCCAAGCAGCCCCCUCUCCCGCCCCCUAAACCAGCUCACAGAAAUAGCAACCCUGUCAUCGCUGAACUGUCCCAAGCAAUAAACAGCGGUACACUCUUAUCAAAACCAUCCCCACCAUUACCACCUAAGAGAGGCAUUCCAUCAACCAUGGUACCCGCCUCGGAGUCUGCCACCACAAGAGCACCAAGUGAUCAGAGAGAAAGGAACACAUGCUCUGUGGGCUCUGAACCACUGUUGAUGAUCCCACCUCCCUCUCCAUCGCCCCCACUGCCUACUCAUAUACCUCCCGAACCCCCACGAUCCCCUCCUUUUCUUGCUAAGACUUUCCAAGUUGUGCCAGAAAAUGAGUUUCCAUCUUCCUUAAACCUGCCUCAGGAGGUAUCCCAGCAGGAAGAUCAGAAAAAGGAGGCACCCAAGAGGAUGUUGGACCACAGCUUUGGGGAGCCCCAUGUACCCUAUAGGCUGCCUCCACUCCCACUGCAUAUCCGAAUCCAGCAGGCCCUGACCAGCCCGCUUCCCAUGACUCCUCCCUUGGAGGGUUCUCAUAGAGCUCACUCCUUGCUCUUUGAGUACGGUGACAGCUUUUCUGAGGACAGCAGUACCCUGGGUCGGACCAGGUCACUUCCCAUCACUAUUGAGAUGCUGAAAGUUCCAGACGAUGAAGAAGAAGAGGAGCAAAACCACCCAUCUGUAUGCGUUGAAGAUGUGUCAUCUACCUCACUUGUUCCUAAACUACCACGGUGUCUGCAGGAGAAGGAGGAAGAGAAGGAGAGUGACUCUGAUUCAGAAGGUCCCAUUCAGUACAGAGACGAAGAGGAUGAAGAUGAGAGCCAUCAUAGUGCUCUGGCCAACAAAGUGAAAAGGAAGGACACACUGGCAAUGAAGUUGAACCACAGACCCAGUGAACCAGAGUUGAACGUGAAUUCCUGGCCUCGGAAAAGCAAAGAGGAGUGGAAUGAAAUAAGGCACCAGAUUGGGAACACGCUGAUCCGACGGCUGAGUCAAAGACCGACACCGGAAGAACUGGAACAGCGAAACAUACUACAACCUAAAAAUGAAGCUGAUCGGCAGGCCGAAAAACGAGAAAUUAAACGUCGGCUCACUAGAAAGCUCAGUCAAAGGCCGACCGUAGCUGAACUACUUGCCAGGAAGAUCCUGAGGUUUAAUGAAUACGUGGAGGUAACAGAUGCUCAGGAUUAUGACCGGCGAGCCGACAAACCCUGGACCAAACUGACCCCUGCUGACAAGGCUGCCAUACGAAAAGAAUUAAAUGAAUUUAAAAGCUCAGAGAUGGAGGUUCAUGAAGAGAGCAAACAUUUUACACGCUACCAUCGUCCGUGACACUGAAGUCUGAGAAAACAGCUAAACCUCCCAACGCAGGGCUGCUUAGCUGCUUCAGUCUCCAGAGUGCUGUGGAAGGAAUUUCUGCACUUCUCUGCACAGCCAGGGUUGAGUCCUCUGGGAUGUGGCUCCGGGCGAACAGCACUUCUGUGAACGUAGCAUUUCACUGGAAUGGGUAGUCGUGUGCUGCUCUGGGCAAGACUGAGCAUCUUUCCAGUGCCGUUGAACCCUGUGAUACCGCAGCAUACUUGUGGGGUCCUCCUCACCAGCCACCCACGCUCUAGGCCACCCGCACCCUCACCCCAAGAUGACUGCCUGUGCGGGGGCACAGUUUGCACCGUUCGCCUUACCUGCCCUGUCCUGGUUGGGAGAGCCCCUUGUGCAGGCACCAAAUUCCAGCUGUCAGAUCCAGCUGGUGGUGGGAAGAACCUUCUGGAGGUCCCCAGCCUUCUGGCAAAAGGGCCCCCACCUCCAGGGCGCGCCUCCACACCACAUUGGCACGUCCAUUGAAAACACCGUACUAUACCUCUCGUAACACAGCAAUACAGGCCUCUUCUGGCGAUUAGGCCUCAGAGAAGCUCGGGAUCUGACAUGUUCUUCCUUUUCAGCACAAGUCAUCCUGAUUUUUAUUUUUAAAGUUUGAGAGAGAAAAAAAAAUCUUGAAGACGUGCUAGAAACUUGUGUUUUUCCUAUCUAUGAAGCAAUCUGAGCUGCAACUAGAUUCCAAGUUAGGAAAAUGAGAAACCUUUUAUGUUUUCUACAGACAAAACCAACACCAAAAAAGGCCUUUAUUGUUCAUGCCAGCUUGGCAGAAAACAAACUCAUGGCUUAAAUUUUAUAAGCUGUUGUACUUUUGUCAUACCAAAUGAGAUUCUAAAUCAUUCUGAACAAUAGGUGUAUUCUCCUCUGUAAAACAGAGUUGUGGCAACUCUGGGAGCAGCUGUCCUCCUUGGACCACCCCCACCCCCACCCCCGAAGGUCACUGUAAGGUCUAGGGACACUGGUGCUGGACCGGAAGGGGUCUCUGGAGGAGGAAGUAGGAGGGGCACCAUCAUGACCCACUCCUCCUCCCUUCUCCUCAGUGCUGUUGGCCCUCCUGCUGCGCGCUCCCCCUUCCCUCCUGCUGACCUUACCCUCUCUGGCAGCUUCCCCCUCAUGUACCCAUCCUCUGCCAAGCAGUCGCCAGUAUCCUCAGUGCCCCGGCCUGGACUCAGUCCCCACCCCUUGUAUUUGUAAUACGUAGUAAUAUGAUUUUCUAAAACUAAUUUGCUUUCUUUGAGUUUUUAUUUUAAAAACCAUACAGCCUCAUCCUUUCCUUCUAAUACCUGUCCAUACUAAGUGGAAAAAAAAAUAGUUCCUUUUUUAACUGAUGAAUGUGACUUUUUUCCCCUUAUUUUAAUGUUCAGAAAACGGUUGCUGUUUCAUAGAUUUCUUCUGAGGUCCCUGUUCUGUCGCAGCUGUUAAGUAGACAUUCCUCAUUUUCUGCUUUUAUGUCCCUGUGAUAUUUGCUGAAAAAAAUCAGAAUAUCAGGUCAAAACCAAGGAGGUGAGGGGACCGUGAAAGGGAGUGUUUUCUCUCUGUAUGGGGGACAGGGAAGUCUUCGGAUUUCUCAGUUACUGUCACAUGCUUUGCAGCUAUGAAACUGGUGAGGCUGCAGCUCCUUGAAGCUCAUUACAUUCGGUGCGACUGCAGGAAAAGUGACAGUUCUACACAGUUGUCAGAGGUCUGUAUGUAAGGUGGCCACACAUAUGACUUGUUCUGUUGGGUCAGUUUGGAGACUGUUUGGCUGAUGCCAGCAUUCUCUGUGACUUGAAGUAACAUUUUCAAACCCUUCUUCCGCUGCCUGGCUUUGCCUUCAUGUGCCAAGUUUGAAACAGGAUUUGAUUACCUGAGCUACUUGUCUGCUCUCUGGGUCGCCAUCACUCUAGUUCGUCUUUCAUCUCAUCAUGUCCUUUUGAAACAAGAUGCUUUGGGGAUCAAGUCUUUUCAGGUGUUUUUAUAUAUAUACAUAUACAUAUAUAUAUAUAUAUAUAUAAUGGAUUUUGUGUUCCCUUUUUGUGUAAGUAACAAUUCACAAUCAUAAUGUAAAGAAGAAAUAAAUGAUGUGUUGUACUUCAAGAUGUUUCCCUGAUGUACAGAAUCUCCUUGUAAAGUAAAUAAUUGCGUUGUAUAUCAGUCUUCUUAUCAAUAUUAAUUAUAAAGUAUUUUAGAAUUAAAAAAAGCCAAACUAUUA